AACCAUGGAACCAAUGGAAGCACGAGUCGCAAUGCUACAGGACCUCAAGAUCCAAUCGUUUGACACGAUUCGCUUCGCUUCCUAUCGCACAGCAUGCAAGCUACGAUACGUACAGAAAUCGACCAACCUGCAUUUGGUCGACAUCUGGAACGUAAUUGAGGCAUUCCGCGAGAAUGGACUGAACACACUCGAGCCGCAGAAUGAGGUCAGCGUAAGCCGGCUGGAAACGCUUGUCUCCUCGCUCUAUCACAAUCUAAACAAGCGACUGCCACCGACCCAGCAGGUGCACGUCGAUUCCAAGGCAAGCUUGCUGCUAAACUGGCUGCUGGCGGCAUACUCCGGUGACAACUCGGGCAAGAUACGUGUGUUUUCGAUCAAGGUAGCACUCGCGAUCAUGUGCGCCGGCAAGAUGGUGGAUAAGUUACGAUAUAUCUUCUCGCAAAUCUCCGACGGAGCGGGCCAGCUGAUACACUGGAAAUUGGGCGAUUUCCUGCGUGAAGUGCUUGCCCUUCCGGCAGCCGUCUUCGAGUCGCCCACCUUUUUCUACAAAGAAGGUCUCGAGUCGGAAAUCUUCCCGGUGGAGAACAAAAUCACGGUAAACGAUUUUAUGGCCGGCUUUAUGACCGAACCGGGGCCGGCCUGUCUCGUGUGGAUGCCACUGCUGCAUCGGCUCGCUACCGUUGAAUCGGUCGUCCAUCCGACCGUGUGUUCGGUGUGUAUGCGGGAAAAUUUUACCGGCUUCCGGUACCGUUGCCAACGUUGCCAUGGGUAUCAGCUGUGUCAGGACUGUUUCUGGCAGGGGCGCGUAUCGCUGAACCAUCAAAACGAUCACGAGGUGAAGGAGUACUCGAGCUACAAAAGCCCCAGCAAGCAGAUUGGCCAUUCGCUGCGCAAAAGCUUCCGCUGUGUGCCGGACAAACAGAUUCAGGCGCUGCCACGGUUUCCGGAGCAGCCGGAGAAAACGCUCAACCUAUCGCACAUUGUCCCACCGUCACCGUUGCCGUCGCACAACGGCUUCCCGGACGGGGGUAUACCGGGGCUGUACGAUCGCAGCAGUACACUGGACUCGCGGGCCACCGGAUUAUCGCUAGACAGUAACGGUACGUCCGGGACGCGUGGUGGAGCCGUUAAUUCUAAUGAUGAGGAGCAUAGACUGAUCGCGCGAUACGCUGCACGACUUGCACAGGAAUCACGAACGCCCGGUGGAUCAGCACCCGAUCCGGUGCAGAUAGGACUGGACAGCUCACGGGCCCAACGCGAACUGAUCAUGCAGCUCGAGUCAAAGAACAAGGAGAUAAUGCGCGAAAUCCAAAAACUACGCCGCCAGCAGGAAGCGGAACAGGUCGCACCGGAAAGUCCGGCCCUGAUGAACGAGCUACGUGCCCUUCGCCAGCGCAAGGGCGAGCUGGAGGGUCAUCUUGGAGCGUUGCAGGAUUCGCGCCGGCAGCUAAUGGCACAGCUCGAGGGUCUUAUGCGGAUGCUUAAAAACCAUCAAACGCAGAGUCCCCGGUCGACGCCCAACUCUAGUCCACGGUCGGGCAAAAGUCCACCGAUACCGCAGGGACCACCAAUGCCAAACCAAGGUUCACGACAGGGCCCAAUGAAUCCCGGUGGUUCCGGUAUGCCACCAAAUGUACCACCCGGUAUGCUACCGCCCGGUGUAGGAAUGCAUGGUCAAGAUCCGCACAUGGGAGGCGGUGGUAUGGAUAUGCGGGGAUACGCUCCAAACGGAAACAACAAUAAUGGUAGCAUUAAUAAUGGCGGUGGUCCGCUUGGCUCGAGAACGAAUAUCGCUGCCGCUGCCGGAGCGUGUCCGCCGGCCGGUGGUGGCCGGUCGGAUCUGCACUAUGCGGCCGAUUCCGUUUCCACCGCGAUGUCCUCGCUGGUGCGCGAGCUCAACUCAGUUUUCUAUGCGCACUACGAAGGACAUCUUCCGCCCGGCGUCGUACAUAAGCCGCCGAUGCGCUACUUUUCAGAGGGAUCCGACGAUGAUAGUAUCGCUUCGUCGCAGCACACAAUGCGCCAUUCGCUAGAUUUUGACGAGAUGCACAUGACUACGCAUGAGUGGAGCGAAAAGGAUAACACUCAAUGGCAGGAACAGUUUGCUGCCUGGAGCUUAAACUCGCAAAACCAGUGAACCGAACAGUGCAAUACUUAAAUCCAGUGCAAACAACAGCAAAAA